UACUUGCCACACUUGCAGACAAAGGAAAAAUACAAUUUACCUCUGCUCUAAGUUUUAAAAAUUGCUGCUUAGAGUGUGGGAUGUCUUUCAGCAAUAGUGGAAAUGUAGUGAAACACCAGUGGAUUUACUGAAGAGAGAGAGAAAAGCCCUAUUACAUCAAAAUGAGUUUUACUAAGGAGAAUAAUCUUCAAACACAGCCAGAAGAAAAGUCGUAUCACUGUACAGAGUGCAGAAAGAGUUUUAGGUUGAAAGAUAGUUUUGUUAAACACCAGCGGAUUCACAGAGCUGAGAGGCCUUACUGCUGUACAGAGUGCGGAAAGAGUUUUUAUCAAAGGGGAAAUUUAGUGACACACCAGCGCACGCACACUGGAGAGAGACCUUUUUCCUGCUCACUUUGUGGAAAGCGUUUUACUGAAAGAGGCUCAGUAGUGAAACAUCAGCGCACUCACACUGGAGAAAGGCCUUAUUCCUGCAUCGAAUGCGGAAAGAGUUUUAAACAAUCGGAUACUCUCCAAAGUCAUCAGCGCGUUCAUUCAGGAGAGAAGCCGUAUCUUUGCGAGUGUGGGAAGAGUUUUAGUGGGAGAGGAAAUUUAAUAAAACACCGGCGGAUUCACACAGGAGAGAAACCUCAUUACUGCACAGAGUGUGGAAAGAGUUUUACUCAACUUGAAGGGUUAAUGAGACACCAACGAAUUCACACUGGAGAUAAGCCUUAUUACUGCGCAGAGUGCGGAAUGAGUUUUAAACAACAGAGUCAUUUCCAAAUACACAAGCGCGAUCACACAGGAGAGAAGCCGUAUCACUGCUCAGAGUGCGAAAGGAGUUUUAAACUCAAGGAAUGUUUAGUAAUACACCAGCGGACUCACACUGGAGAGAAGCCGUAUCACUGCUUCCAGUGCGGUAAGAGUUUUAGGGCCCGAGGUAAUUUUGCGAGACAUAAGCGUAUUCACACCGGCGAGAAGCUGCAACACUGUUUACAGUGCGGGAAGAGUUUCCUUAACAGAAGUAGUUUAUUGAAUCAUGAGCGCACUCAUACAGGGGAGAAGCCGUAUUACUGCGCAGAGUGCAUGAAGAGUUAUAAAACCAAGGAAGCUUUAGCAAUACACCAGCGGACUCAUACUGGAGAGAAGCCGUACCACUGCUUACAGUGCGGCAAGAGUUUUACUAACAAAAGUAAUUGUGCGAAACACACACAGACUCACACAGGAGAGAAGCCGUAUCACUGCACAGAAUGCGGGAAGAGUUAUAAAUCUAAAGAAUAUUUAGAAAUACACCAGCGGAUUCACACUGGAGAGAAGCCGUAUCACUGCUUACAGUGCGGCAAGAGGUUUAAUUACAGAAGUAAUUUUGCGAAACACAAGCGCAUUCACACAAGAGAGGAGCCGUAUCACUGCACGGAAUGCGGGAAGAGUUUUACACAACAGAAGCAUGUCCAAAGCCAUCAUUGCGUUCGUUUAGCAGAGAAGAUGCUCAACACUGCUCAACACGGUCAGGAAGAAGAAAUCUUAAAACAAACUAUCGUUGUCGUACAUAUACGAGAAGCUGCAUGAACUCUGUGGACUAAGCUUCAUUUAAACAUGUACAUUUAAGGCAUACAGAUGAAUUGUCAAGAAAUUUUAUUAUUAUUAUUAUUAUUUGUCUGAUUAUACUGGCAUCAUGAUUUAAUUUACACUGAUUCUUAGACUGUUUAGAACUACAUUUAAACAAAAGAUCUAAGAGUCUUAUUGUCGUACAAUUCUCUUCAUCUCUGUUCAUUUUUUAAUGUAUUAGUAUUGUUAAAACAUCUCAAAAAUGUUUUUCAAGAACGAUAGAUGCAAAAGUCCAUGUUUUCAUUUAGUUAAUUAAUUCCUUUAUGAAUGAAUAUACCAUGCUUUGUUGUAAAAAAAAAUCUGAAUAAUUAUGAUAUUUAUAAAGAUAUUUUACCACAUUAUUUAAAUUUACCCUUAGGCAUUUGGCAGACGCGCUCAUCUAGGAAAAAAAAGUGCUUUGAAGUUUUCAUCACUGGAUAGACACUUACACUGAGUUACUAGGUUAUUAGUGCCAUCAAACACAAUUGGGAAGUUUGACUGGGAAGUUUUUUUA